AAACCGCUUCAGCUUGAAUUGGUGUCAAAAACCGAAGUUCUCAGAGGGACCACUCGCUGGACUCUGGCCAGUGCCAUGGUUCGCAGGUUGGUAGCUGUUGCCGUGCUGGUCAUCGCACUGCAUGUUUCACAGCGUGUGCCGACCUAUCUGAACACUUCUUCGCGCGCCGCGCGCAGCCGCUCACAGCGCGCCGCGGUGCAGGAAACCGUGCAGGACUCAGAAUUCCUCUCAGAGGUCAAAGCAGCUUUGGGAGAGAAGGCUUUUCAAUGGUCAAGUGAUCUUGGUGCAGCUAGCUGGACAGAGAUCUUAGAGCACUCGGAUGACUUGGUAAAGGCGACUGGUGAUCCAGAGCUUCUCGGCCGCCUCUUGUGCUGCGCCAGCGCGGGCGGCGCGCUGCCGCCCUCCCUGGCGCUCUUGAAGUCCCCGAGCCUGCGACCCGCUGUCCGGAUCUUGCUUGAGCUCCAGCGUUUGGAAGGUCAGCAAGUGAUCGAUUCACUCAUCGAUUGCGCACUGGAACAGAUGGAGACGGGGCAAUUGGACUGGUCCUCCAUCACCGAUCGACUCCCGAGCUCCACGCCACGCGCGGAGGCCGCGGCCCGCGUGGCAGCUCGGCCGGCGGCGGAGGCGGCGGUGCGGCUGAUGACGCUAGGCAACAACUUGGCAGAAGAGGUCACCGUCCAGCAAGGUGAUGGACUGAAGAUGGACGGUUUGCGGACCAGUGGUGUCUCAAUGAAGGGAUGCUUGCAACGAUGUGCUGAAGAUGGAUGGGGACAGUGGGCCUCGUACUUUGUGGCCGAAGGGCCAGAGGACCUGAUCGGGCAGCGGCUGGUGGCGUGUAAGCGUGUGGGUGGCGAGCGCAUUGUCGGCGAGAAGGGUAAAGCUUCCUUCAAGGCUGGAGACCUACUGUACUUUGCAAUGCCAGAUCGUGCUGCACUGCUGGAGAUGGCCACUUAUGACCAGCUCCCCGAGUUCUCUGCACAGCUGGCGCUGAUGUUCCGGGAGGGUCUCGAUGAGCGAGGCGUCGUGGCGCCGCCCGAGAUGCUGGAAGCAGCGAAGUUUCUGAAUAGCAUCCAGGACCUGAAUGAAGCAGAAGAGGCCGAACGGCGCUUGUACCGCUUCGAGAAGUCGCCCCUGGCGCGACGGGCCUUCGAGGAUUUGCAGUUGGAUGAGCUUUGGGCAGAAUUCUGGCCCGCAUUGACACCGAGACUCCCGGAGAUCUACAAGGCGCUGCGGAAAGCGAUGCUGCGCGCGCGGCCCUUGCAGAAGAUGGAGCCCAGGCGUGUGUCCGUGGUGCGCAUCAAUGUGCUGGGUGUCAUUGGACUUUUAGUGGUCUUCGGAGCACUAGCUUGGGGAGCCUGGCAAUAUUUCCAGAGCUCAUCGGGUCCCGAGGACUUGCCCCUCUAUACCCUGAGAAGUGAGGGCUGACGAUGGCUGACCGCAUGCCGCAGGGACCAAUCAGGUGUGCGAGGGCGAAAAGAGAGAAAAACUGUGCGUGGUUGCAGAGAAACUGAG